AUGUCGAGGCGAACACAGUUCCUUGGGAGUGUGCUCAAACAAGGCAACAGCUUCAUAUUCACGGACACUGAUGUAUUGUGGCUAAGAGAUCCGUUCCCUCGAUCCAACAACCGGAGCAUCGCCAUAUUCGACGAGUGGUACGCCAGGAGAAAUGUUUCCUCUGGAAUCAAGGAACAGGAUGUGUUGAGACAGAUCAGGAAGGAAGGCAUGUUCCGGACGUUGGGAUUCUCUGUCAGGUACUGGGACACUGACUAUUUCAGCGGGUUCUGCAAUAAUAGCCGAGAUGUAAGGGCCGUGAUCACGGUCCAUGCCAAUUGCUACCGCACAAUCGCAGCCAAAGUCGCCGAUCUCACGAAGGUCCUCCACGACUGGAAGAGGUUCAUCAGGAGCCCUUCCUCCUCCUCCUCCUCCUCCACCAAGGGCACGGCAGCAUUCCGGUGGUCCGCACAUGUCGCAUGUCGGCACUCAUGGGAUUCGUGGCACUAA